UACUUAUCAUAUUUUCGCUUGGUGCCCGCGUUUCUAAUGAUAUUCAAUAUUUCAACAUUUAAUGUAACAAUUGUUAAUUUAAUUGAUUUUAGUCGAUAACUGCGACUUGCUGUUGUGACUUCAAUUAUAUUUCUGUUGCGAAGUGCGAUUCGAAGUUUCUUAUGACUGAUCAUUAUUUGUGACAUUUCACUGUAAUUAAAUCGUCAUCAGUGUUAUAUUAGGUGUUUGAUCACACAUUUGAUUUUAAUUACUAUCAUGUUGCGCAGAUCAAAUCGAUUGUGCAAGUCAAAAUUGACUGAAGAAAAUAUUCUCGAGCCUCCAAUUAAACGUAAACGUUGUCAUUAUUCAGAACUUGAUGAAAAUGAUUCAUUUGAAGAUAACAGUUCUGGAGAUGAAUUCGAGCCUGCACAGGCUACAAAAUCUAAAGAACCAUGUAUGUUAAAUUUAUCAGAAAGCGACAGUGACACUGAUGUUCAAGGGAGUGAUCAGAUAAAAUCAAAACCAUUACAAGAGUCUGAUUGUGAAAGUGAAGAUGAUAAAAUUUGUCAAACUAAUUUUGAUUUCACUACUCUUUUAAACCCUCAAUGUGUUACAAAAGAUUCUACGGAUGGUAUUAAAUCUCAGAAUAUUGACAAUGUUAAGGAAAAUAGUUCUUAUGAUAAUAUGGAUGUUGCUAAAAUAUUAUCUGUUGGUGAAGGAAUUAAUUUAAGAUCUGUUUUAAACGAUACUGAUAACAAAGCUGAAAAAGAGUUGAAACGUAAUGAAAAUUAUACUAUUCCUGAUAUGGUUGAAAUUACAGUCAAACUUCCAAACAAUAUGAAGUGUAAAAAAGAUCAAAAUGUACAAAAUGUUCUUAGAAGACGUAUAAAUACAAUAUGUAAAGACACACAAAUUUUAAUUCACAAAGUUAAUUUGCUCUUAUGGAUCUCUUUUGGUAAUCGUUUGAAUAGUGUUCUUAAUUCACCAGAAGUUAUGGGAUCAGCAUUGUCUCUAGUACCUUCUGAAAAAUCAUAUCCACCAAAACAAUGCGAUUUGAAUUAUUUAGAAAAUUAUAUUAAAUGGUUUUCUAAAAAUAUUAAAAUUUUAUCGAAAACUGAUCCGUUAAGUGAAAUAAAUACAAUAUCAUUAGUAGAACAAUUUUCUAAGCGCGAAGCUAAAACUAGAUAUGAAUUAAUUGCAAUGUUUAUUUCCAUGUUGAGGUCAUUAGGAUUGAAUGUAAGGUUAGUGAUUAAUUUAAAUGCUGUUUCAAUUAAACCAAAUCCUGAUCAAUUGUUGGGUCCAUUAGCAGAAGAGAAUCAUAUGAAAUUAUCCAGUAGUAAAUCUAAAGUAGAAACAAAACAAAAAACAUCAGCAAAAUCUGAAUAUUUCAACAAAAAAUCAAAAAAUCCUAAAACAGAAGGAAAGAAAAAAUCUAAAGUUGGUGAAAAAUGAAAGAAAAAUAUUAUAAUAAAAAGAGAAAUAUUUUCUUCGUCUGAUGAAGAUGACAUUUUUGUAAAAAAUAAUAAAUGUGCAAAAUCAGAAUAUUUUAACAAAAAGUCAAAUAAAUCAUACACUAGUUCAAAUAAAUGUGAUACUAAAGAGUCUAAAUCUGUAGGUAACAAUAAAAAAAUUAAAAAUAAAAAAUCUGUGAAAACAAGUGAAAAAAUUGAUCGUCGUGUACUUUCAACUGAUGAUGAAGAUAAUACUUUAUUAGAAAAUAGUGAAACCCUAAUUAAAAAAAAAAUUAAAAAUGACUUUUGGGCUGAAGUAUUUCUGGAAAUGGAAGAAAAAUGGUUUUGUGUUGAUGUUAUUAGUCAGCGUUUACAUUGCAUUAAGGAAAUAUAUAAUAAUACAUCUCAUCCUAUGCGGUAUGUUUUGGCAUGGUAUAAUAAUAACAGCAUUAAAGACAUAACAAAACGCUAUGAUCCAUAUUUUCAUACUCUUACACGAAAAAUCCGUGUGGAUCAAAAAUGGUGGAAAGCUACUCUAAGACCUUAUACUCCUCCACAUUCUGUUAAAGAACGAGAGGAAGACGAAGAGCUAGAUAAACAAUUAGAAGAAACACCAUUGCCUAAAACUGUGGCUGAGUAUAAAAAUCAUCCAUUGUAUGCUUUAUCAAGACACUUGUUAAAAUUUCAAGCUAUAUAUCCACCAGAUGCACCUGUUGUUGGAUAUGUUAGGAAUGAACCAGUAUAUUUACGAGAAUAUGUGCAUGAGCUUAAUGGUAGAGAUAACUGGCUUAAAGAAGCACGUGUUGUUAAAAUGGGUGAAAUAUCAUACAAACAAGUUAAAUCUCGUCCUAGAUUUGAUCGGGCUGGAGUUCGAACUGAUCCUCCACCAUUAGAAUUGUUUGGUUAUUGGCAAACUGAACCCUAUGACCCUCCAACUGCUAUUGAUGGUAAAGUUCCUAGAAAUUGUUAUGGCAAUGUUGAUUUAUUUAAACCUUGUAUGUUACCUAAAGAAACAGUUCAUUUAAAACUUCCUGGUUUGCUCCGCAUAGCCAAAAAAUUAAAUAUUGAUUGUGCUCCUGCGGUAGUUGGUUUUGAUUUUCAUGCUGGUGGUUCACACCCAGUAAAUGAUGGUUUUGUAGUAUGCAAAGAGUAUAAAGAUACUUUGGUAGAUGCAUGG